AUGAAAGAUGCAUAUGCACCAGGUGCAAUAGCGCUAAGCUUUUCGCCAGAAAGGCAUUCCUCUGUAAUCAUUGUGCUGUUACUUUUUUCAAAUGGAAUACUCGUGUUCACGCGGGCUGAUACGGAGAACCGUCUGCGUAACUCUGACAGCCGGGAAUUUCAAAACACGGCAGACGGCGAGGAGUUUUAUGAACCAUUUUACGAAUGGUCUGUGUGGAGUCCCUGCUCUCGCACCUGUGGGGUUGGCGUAAAGUUUCGAGGACAGCUAUGCCUCAGGAAGAACAAGGCUUUGUGUCAAAAGAAAUCCAGGAUUUAUCAAACGUGUAACACCCAGCCUUGCCCCAAAGAAAGCGAGAAUUUCCGUGAUGUACAGUGUGCAUCGUACAACGGAAGAGAUAUAUUUAUCAAUGGCGAAAGAGCAAAAUGGAAGUCAUAUAGUCGAGGUGGCAACCAAUGUUUAUUAUUCUGCUAUCCUGAUGGAGAAGAAUUAUUUUAUUACUUUGGAAAAGCCCGAGAUGGGACACAGUGUUCCAAAGAACCCUACGGUGUCUGUGUACGUGGACGGUGCAAAUCCGUUGGAUGUGACUACAAACUCGACUCGGGAGUGUAUAUGGACAGAUGUCGAGUUUGUGGUGGAAAUUCUACGACGUGUCAGCCAAUGAGAGGAAGAAUUCAAAGGUCUCCAACACUUUUUGAACGAAUCUCAGGCUACGCAGAUUUGAUGGUGAUACCUAAGGGGGCAACGAGUGUUCUGAUCACAGAUAAUACGUGGAACUACCUAGCUCUCAAAAAACAAAAUGGUAACUAUGUUAUCAAUGGUAAUCGCAUCGUCAAUUGGUCUGGCAUAUUCAAAGUUGGUGAUGUCGAAGUGCAGUACGAUAGAAUCUCAAACAACAUUAAAGAGACGAUUGAGAUAACUGGGCCCACAAAAGAAGACAUUACUGUAAUGUCUCUAUUAAUGGCGGGUAAGGUUAAUAUGAGCUUUGAGUAUUGGAGAGCAGGUGGAGUUUACGCCUUUGGAGAAACACCGCAAGUUGAGAAGGAAAACCACGUAACCUUACAAAUGGGCUGGGGAAGCUGGACUACCUGUUCCGCUUCCUGCGGAGGAGGAAUCAAAGUACGUUCACGAUACCGCGCUAUAGAGGCAGUUGCAUCAUUCCGUGACAAGGAGACUGAUGUCCAGAGAUGCAACACUGAACCGUGUCAUAUGAUGAAAGCCGCCUGGUCAGAGUGGGGUGCUUGGGAUGACUGCAGUGCAACUUGUGGAGGAGGAGCCAGGAUCAGGUUUCGAAACUGCAAGAAGCCCAGCGCCUCUUCCAGAUCUGGAUGCCCUGGAAAACCAUAUGCUGUGGAACAGUGCAACGCAGAAGAGUGUCCUAAAAAGGAAACAAGGCCAGGUUUGUCAAAAGUGCUAAAACACAGUUCAUCGUCGAUGGUGACCACAUCCUCGAAUCUGCACUCAAGGGAGUCUUCAGAAGGAAGGAAGAAACUAACACAGUCGUUAAGAAGGCCACACGCCUCUAGAUUAAGCUCGGCUUCUCAAUAUCAUGAACGUCAUAAAACUUACACAGAGAAAUUAUCACAGGAUAUAGUGCAGACUGUAUUUUCAAGAGGGAAGCAGGGGCACUCUAUUUCUUAUACUAUGAUUACAUUACCAACUUCAAGGUCAAGACUUCUUUUUUCAUCAGAAAACCAGACCUCGACUGGUUACAUUAUUGGAUUUCCCACAAGAAGUCUGAAGGAGACUUCUAGCUUAUCUAGUAAAUUCGUGCGUCUGCAAGUUACAUCAUUUUAUCACAAACAUACAUCGUCCGUGUCUCUAGCGAAAGAGAAACCAGAGUUGCUUACUUCGCCUAUAAGGAAAGGUACGCAUACCAAAAUCUUUUCACGCAGUUCCUCAACGCCAUUACUUGAUGUUGGGGGAGGCUUAAGUGUAUUUUCUACAGGCACCUCAGUUCCAGCAAGUUAUGAAAUUGUUAGGCCGUCUGUGGGUUUUAUGACCACUUCCAAGGCGUCUAAUUUGCGAACAACUUCCAUAAGGUUGAAAGUCUCAUUACACACUGGUGUUACACCUCGUCCGAGGGAAGUCAAUAAUCCCACUAUUUCCUUUGGAUAUGAAACGAUAUCAAGUCAAGUUGACAGGAAGUCUGUUUUGGCUUCAUUCAGUAAAGAGACUAUUGAGCAACCAGUAUCGAUAUAUAGUAGGCAGGAAUUGGUACCCAGCUCAAAAUUGAGUAGAGCUGAAAGGACUUCAUCACACCAAUACCCUGUUGACGUAAUGGGACUCAAAAGCCGCGAAAGAAAACACCCCUCAGUAACCUUAUCAUCGGCAAGUGAAUUCCGAACUGAGCCAUCUAUACUUUUAACCACGCCAUUAAAGAGAGUUCCAUCAAGUUCCAGGGAGACAUUGAACUCAUCUAUGAUAGACAUAAGAAGGAUUGAACUGCGCCUAGAAGGUUAUAGUGAUAUCACUUUGCAAAGUCGUAAGAAAACAAUUCUCUUAACAAAGAACUUCAGUGCUAGCCAUGAUUCCCUACCUUUUGAGAUAACAGAAACACUUAGACCUGGUUCGUCAUCAACCAUGAAUGUUUUACCUUCUAGGCCAACAAGCUCUAAAGUAAUGCACGAAACAAGCGAGCUUGAAUUAUCAGCAAACACUACUUUAAGUCAAAUUUUAAAAAUAAGAUCAGAAUCUAAAUCGGUUUCCUCGACUCUCCAUUUGUUGCUUCCCCCAUGGCAAACCUUAACAGACUACCUCUUCCUACAUGGAUCAUCGAAACCAAUACCUCAGACGUCAAUGCUGAUGUCAUCUCAAAUAACUGAUUCAAGAAAGAUGGACGCAUCUUACAACAUGUCCAAACUUCAUUUUCUCCCUCUUAGAAGCUCCCUCGUUAGCAUCGCAACCUCGUCUCAAACGUUUGCGAGGACUGCAUUGUUAAAGCCACAAUUUCAAUCAACAUUUUCAAUUGAAAAGAACAUGGGCUACAAGUCAGCGUUUUCUAUAUCUGGUAUCUAUGAAUCCCCAAUCGUCACUAGAAAGAAUUCUAAUGAUUUUGCCUCAUCAACAUCGUCAUCAUUAUUCUCACCGUCAUACAUGAAGUUAAGUCAACCACUAAAAAGAAAUCCAAUGACCGAUUCACCUUCAGAGAAAGGUUCUCUUUCAAAAACAAAAAUAGCGGUAAUUCCAGAGCACUUAGCAAGGACGUCACCUACAAAUCCAAGCCGACUAUUUUCUUCAGCGAAAAAAUCGAAGUCUCUGUCACUCUCUCAGGAAGACUACCCUUUUUUCAAAGUAACAGAUUUCUUGUCAUUUGGCCAGGAAACAAAAAGUCAAGCAGCAAUUACUAGUAAACAACAUUUUUCGGAGUCGUCCACCCAAGCAACAAUGCCAUUAGUGGCGUCAUCUUUCAACAAAUCAAUACUUCCGUCAGCUUCUUCGGCUGCUAGGAUAAUUUCGUCACCAUUGUCAGAUAUUUCGGGAGGUUCACUUUCAAGUAAAGAAAUAAAAUCAUCAAUUUCACUGGGAUUAACCUCUAUAACAGAAACAGAGGCCAUGGCCAUGAGUUAUUCAAAAUCGUCAUUACUUUUAAGGCAGAUUCUGUUCUCAGUUAUGUCUUCAGAACUUACUCCGUCGUCACCGAGCACUCUCUCCUCACAAUACCGAGGCGUUACUUCCGCAAUGUCAGGAGUCGGCGAUCAUAUGCAGUCAUCUUUCUAUCCAAAAUCGAGCUCCAAGAAGAAAGUGAAAGAAACUGCAAAUCUUGCCAGAGGGUACAAAUUCCACACGUUGUCAACCCAGUUCAGCUCACAAGCUAACAUCAAAGCUACGUUUAUUCACCUAGAAUCUCUUGGAAGUCAUUUCCCAGAACAGCUAUUCCCAUCACCAACAUCUAUAGAUUUCACCUCAACAAAAAACAUGGAAGAAAAAAUUGGCACUUUGAAUUACUUAAAAUAUCCGCUACAAAAGCGUAACACACUAACAUCAAAGCAUGUUUCCCUUACCUCAAUGCCAGAACGAAGUCUCACGGAAGUCCUCGUGCAUUCUUUAAAAACACCAUUAUUGCAAUCAGUGCUUAUUUCCAGGCAUUUACAGCUUUCUUCUUCAUUGCGAAAAGAGCAUGUGGCAAGUAAAAUGUUUUUCGCAACAUCAGCUGUAUAUCCUUCCUCGCAGCAAUUUUUCUUAGGAAGAUACGAUAAGGGAAGAAUAAGUAAUACGGGUUCUCUCACAUUUUCGCCGUCACCGCAACAUAUCCCAUCAUCAAUACCUCAUUUGAAUAGCCCAGAACAUGUAGGGGUUACUACAACUUUUCUAUACUCUUCAAGAACUUCAUCAUCUCAUAAUGAAGCUCUUCCAUUGAUUUCACCGCAAGCUAGUCCGUCAUCAAUGAGUAAAGAUCUUCGAGGUCUACCAAUUAGCUCAACACUAAAGGAAGAAGCUAGUAGAGGUUUUAAGGAUUCCCUGAGAAUGUUCUCGUUGUCAUUAUCGUCCAUAGGAGAUAAUUCCAUCUCAAAAGAUGAGAGAUUGGUAAUUCCAACCUUCAGCUAUGCCGAAAUAGUCUCGUCGUUGAAGGAUCAGGAAUUAUCGCUAGAACGGCUACCUACCAAGAAAGCAGACUCUACUAUAAACUUAAGAGGUUACUCGGAAAGUUCAUCGAAGCAGCCCUUUCUCUCUUUGAAAUCAUCCUACAGAAGCGGUCUGCCGCAGUCUCUCACUCUAUUUUCUAAGCAAGAUAACUCAGCUCCUCAAACAAAAAGCAAAUUGAGUUUUUCGAUAGCCUCUCCUUCGGUUGUGUCCUUGGGAUCUGGCUCAGCGGCAAGAAGUUAUGCCGCGGCAAGACGUUGGGAACAGGAUUCUGUAUCAAGACCAUUGCUAUUGUCUAAAUCGCCAUCAUUAUCACCGACGCAGCUAAGCCGAACCAAGACACCUAAAUCACAAACCCUCAUGGUACACUCAUUCAGCGCCUCGUCAUCAACUAAAUUCACAACAUCUUCAUCGUCUCCAGAUGUGAUCGCGGUGCGGGACAAAACAGCGGUGGAAAGCUCAGUAAAAUGUCGAACAGGAGAUACCUUAACAAAAAUUCCCACGCCUAGACCAUACAGCUUCCUGAUAGAAGCACAAGGAAGUAGUAUUGGCAAAAAUCUCAAAACCUCUGAGCUAGAACAGGAAAUACUACUCUCAACUGUACAGUUUAAAUUGGUGAGCAAAACAGAAAUCGCAACAGAAGCCAAAGAACCCCCAAGAAUAUCCUUCAGCAUACGUCCAAUGCCAUCAAUUAUAUCUCCACAGAGUAGCUUACACCCUGAAGUGGGAAUCACGAGACUAUGUAACGAUUCUUUCAAGACAAUGUAUGAGAUGCCCUCUUUUCCUCCUUCAAAGACAACCUCAGAAAUAAAUGUUGAGUCCACUUCAAGCCUUUUGCAACAUCUUUCCUUGAAGUUUUCACCAGAUUCUACCUCCUCAGCGGACGCACAGUCCAUUGGAGGACAACUGCAUUCUUCGUCAAUGCAGCACAUUACGUUGUCGAAUAUUCUGCAGUCUAGCUCACCUGUACAACUAGACACCGUGAAAAGCAUUGUUGGGUCUUUGAAAAUGGCUCCUUCAUGGGAAACAGACGAAUCGCCUGUUGCUGCCCGGUUUAACUCCACUCAGAUAAGCGUAGCAAUCUUCAGUGAAAAUCUAUUGCGUUUCUCAUCGAGCAAACAAGUGUUAGCAUCAGCGUCUCGGCCAUCGAAUUCGUCGUUAAGACAUGAAGUCAGAGCGAGUGUAAAUAAAGCGCAUUCUAUAAAAAGCUCUCCAGCGGGACAACGCACAAUACCUCUUUCUCAGCAAUUGAGCUCGGCAGUUUAUUCUAUUGCAUCAUUGUCAUGGAAACCAAAGUUAAUGGCAGAAAAUUCAGUUUCACCGAAACCGUAUUCAAGAGGGGAUGAAACUCUAUUGUUGCCAUCUUCGCCAGUACUCCCAAACUCCACAGUAAAAAGUAGGCUAAGCCCGAGGGAGUCAUUUGACAUUUUUUCUUCAAGGCAUGGAGUGUCAACAUCUUAUGUUCAGGGAAGUUCAAAUCCUAUUUCUGAGAUUACGAGGUGCAUGGAGGACUCAACAAAACCAAUCCCGGUAAGGCAUGCAAAGCCUUUGUCGCUUGCUUCAAUGAUCAGUUCUAGUCCAGAUAUGCAAUCUAUGAGAAGCCUGCUAGUUUCCUCAACAACUCUAUCUUCAAGGAAUCACACGGUGAUGAUAUCUUCUCGAUUAACCUCAGAAAAACCCAUCACAAGCCUUCAGAAAUUGAAAACUCUUUCAAUCAGACGAGAAAAUGUAAUUUUAGUAAGUUCUUCACUCAGUGGAACUCAGUUUCAUUCCAAAAAACGAAAGGAUUCUUUAAGAGGUUUUUCACCUUCCAGGCAUGAGGCAUUCCCACCGUCUCAACAACGUAGGUCGUCUCUAAAAGAGGACGGCAUGAAAAGUCCCAUGGACAACUCAAUAAAAAUGUUAAGCCAUGAAGUCAUGUUAUUAAGCUUAUCGUAUGGUCAAGAGUGGCUAGAAAGUUCGAAUUUGCCUGUUUCGUCUACUUCUGAUAAGCAAACUCAAAGUUUCAGCUCAACGCAUUCCUUUCCGUCAACUUCAUCUUCAGCGGAGAAAAUCCUCCAGUCAACUACUGCUACUACUCAUACAACGAAUCCAGAAGGAACACCAACUCUCUGUCCUCGGUGCAGUUUGUCAGAGAGACUACACGAGAAGUACUGUUCAAGCGAUUUUGCUAUACUUGUUCGCGUUCGUACUGGGGCAGUCACGAACGGAAGUGAAUCCUCUCAUCUGACCAAAAUAAGAAGAAUAUUCAAGACGAAUAAAUCAGUGAAAAAGAGGCCUGAGCUAAGGUUUACCAUCGGAGAUUGUAAAUGCAGACCUGAUCUCUUGCUGAAGAGGGAUUAUUUUGUUUUUGGCAAUCAUGUGCCAUGGAACAGAACGAUAUCGAUCUUAGAAGUUAAUCAAGAUAGUUUCGUGGCUGAAUGGAAGGAGACAUUGGAGGAAGAAAUAAAACAGUUGGAAGGAAGAUGCUCGAGACACUCCACAAUUCCUACUCCACGAAUUUCAUCGACUGUCGCACAGGUUACAAGUUCAUCUUUGCAUCACAAAAGAAAAUCAGUUUCUGAAGCUUUGUUGUCGACCCAUAGUACUCAAAUAGAAACAUCUACUUCCCUAGUGACAACUGAAGGCACAAUUUUUCCGACAGCAACAGUAGAAGAAAUUACGACACAGCCGCCCGUCACACUACCAUCAACGGACCUACCGAGUGCAAAAUGCCGUGCAUGUCAAAUAUCAAGGAAACGGAACAAAUACUAUUGUGACAGUGACUUUGUUGUCCGAGCCAAAGUUUUGAAAGAAUCGUACAACGAAGUUCGUAAAGAAAGAAGAUAUCGAGUAAGGAUCAUUGCAGUGUUCAAAAGCAAAAGGAAACUGGAAAACCGAGAUGAUAUUUUUGUAUUUAAUGACUACUGCAACUGUCCUAAACUCCGAAUGAAAGAGCAGUAUGUAAUAAUGGGCAAAGAGGAAAGGAACACAGGACUAGAAGACCUUGGCUCAUACUCUCAACUAGUGAUUCCUCCAAGACCAUUUGUUUGGAAGUGGAGGCCAAGAAUGACUGCUGGACUUAGAUCGAUUAAAGACAUCUGUGGCAAUUAAGUAAAUCGCCAAAACUCAUUUCAAAGGCUUCCUUAACAUCCACAAAAGCAAAACAAAAAGGCGAGAUAUGGAGGCACAACAAUUCAUUGUUUUCUAUGAAUGCCUCGUGCUUCGCAAAGUCAUUUAUCAAGAAACUAAUAUCUAAUGAAUUCAGUACCUGUUUUGUCUUGUGUGCGCGGUAAAAAGUCAUCCUUUGUUUUCAUAUCGCAUCGAUGUGGCUCUAUAUAGCAACGUAGAACCAUUGCUGUCAGCCCAUCAUUGUAGUUUUUAAUAACACAUUGACAACUCUGAAGAGCUACGUUCCGGUAGCAGAACAGCAAGGAUAACUUCAUUGAUUAUUUAAUAAAAAGAUCUUGAUUAUUA